AUGAAAGCAGGAGGUGAAAAUUGGUUGCAGAUAGCCCCUCAUUGGUUUCCUUGUAGUGUAACAGAAAAGGUUUUAAAGGGAGCUAAGAAAGACCUGGCUAAGAGAAAGGGAACUGUUGACUGCUUUCCCAUAGAAGCCCCUCCUGAGAAUCCAUAUCCACCACCAAUUGUGCUCCCUACCCAGUCAGCCUCUGGUCAUGCCCAACCACAACCCCCACCUUCCUAUAAAGCAAUGUAUCCUGCUGUACCUAAUGCCCCCUCAGAGGAUGAUAUAGAAGAUAUUUGUAUUGCUGCAGCUGUUAAUUCACAGUCACAGCAAUUACAGGAAUCAUCAUCUACACCAGAUUCUGAUAUAGAAUAUCCACCGCCACCUCUUGGUAGAAUUAAAUUAACAGUACAAAUGGGAGUUAAACUUAAAAGUGGCAAGGUGUUAAAAUCAUAUGUACAUAAGCAAGGUGAUGAUGAUGUAGAGAUGCCAGAAUUAGAAGGUGCUGAUCUUACUGCCCCGUUCAUGACUGUUGGUAAUCAGUUAAUAAUGAAACCCAUUAAUCCCAGAGUACUCAAGGACAUUAUUCAAGGUGCCCCAAACUUCUUCUGA